CUUGUCUUGGGGCUUUCUUGGUAGUUGUUCUGUCUAAGAGCUUUGUUAUUUGCUUCUCUGUGAGCCAGCGCAGCCUCGCAAAACACACACUCCUUUAAGUCAUCGCCAGAAAAGACGGCUUAACCUUCGGAGGCAGACCCCUUUCCAGGAAGCAUAUAAUGGCUUCAAACUAAGUGAGCUUCGUCAAGUAGUUGGUGCUUUUGUGUUGCUUCUUUGAGCUAGCUGGUGAUCAUUAUCUUGGGGUUUGCUUCACAGGAGCAAGAAAGCAGCUUUUGUUCCAAAGUUUCAGUUUGGUUAGUUUUGCAGAAACUUUCUUAAUCCACAAGUUCUUUUCUGUUAAAGAUAGGAAGACACGUUGAGGCUGAAAGUUUCUCAUUAGUCCAUUUCGAACGGGAAAUAAUUUAAAAAAAAAUCCGUAGAUAGCGUUUCGAUCUCUAGCUAGUCUUUUUCUUUCUAGUGUAGUCACCAAGAAAAAAAUUAGGGUUCAGAAAGUAGGGAGAGGAAGAUAUGGAUGGGAGUAGUACUGACGCUGAACAUAAACUAGACGAAAUAUUGCUUCCGGGGUUUCGAUUCCAUCCAACUGACGAGGAGCUUGUUGGGUUUUAUCUGAAGAGAAAGAUUCAGCAACGGCAUCUCCCCAUCGAGCUUAUCAAGCAGCUCGAUAUCUAUAAAUAUGAUCCUUGGGAUCUUCCAAAGUUGGGGACUACUGGGGAAAAAGAGUGGUAUUUCUUCUGCCCUAGGGACAGGAAAUACAGAAACAGUGCGCGGCCUAACCGGGUAACUGGAGCUGGGUUUUGGAAAGCCACGGGAACUGACCGGCCGAUCUACUCUUCCCAAGGUUCCAAGUGCAUUGGCUUGAAGAAAUCCCUUGUUUUCUACAGAGGUAGAGCCGCCAAAGGAGUCAAAACUGAUUGGAUGAUGCAUGAGUUUCGGUUACCUUCACUCACCGACUCAUUACCAUCAAAGAGAUUCGUGGACAAAAACAUUCCUGCCAAUGAUUCGUGGGCAAUAUGCAGGAUAUUCAAGAAAACGAAUUCCACAACCCAGAGAACUUUCUCACAGUACUCUUGGGUCUCUCCAAUACUACCGGAAACUAAUUUCAGUCAAUUAUUCAGUUCGGAGAACACGUCAUUAUUAAGUACAUCAAAAACCAGUACUUGUUCGGCCGUUGAUCAGUUCCCUAUCAACAAUGAUAUGGCUACAUUUUCUCCCGUAGAUUUUCCAUCGUACCAGUCAUUAAACCAGAAAAUAGUAGAUAAACCUCCUCAACUGCCCGUACUCUCAACUGGAGAACACCACCCAAGCUUUCUUUUUUCGCCUCUAGAAACUUCAGUACCGGCAAAAUGCAGCUUGGACAUGCUGUUGAACAUGCCGCCUUCAAUGUUUGGUGAUUUUGGGAACAAGCUGGCCGGCAUUGAGAGCAUAGUCGACGACUAUGGUACCGGCCCACAAGAACAUUGCAAUGGCUUCUCUAUAAAUUUACUUCAAGACAUGCAAGGUGGGAAGGUCGAUGGAUCAGGAGGUGAUGAACAUGACAAUGUUUCAAUGAAGUUUAAUAUUCCUAAUACCGAUGAUCAGUGGGAGACAGUCCGGUCCAUCGGAUUUCCAUUCAGUUUGCCUUUGAAUAGUACGUCUAGCACUAAUGCUUGGAAGCCGAACUUGGUCAUGUGGGAUUCUUCACCAUGUCCUAGUGAAAUGCCCACACGUUUUUCUACAACCAAGAGCUAUACCUAAAAACUCAAAAACUAGAUUAGUAGUCAAAGUCAAUUCAUGUUUUAUAGCUUUUAGUCGACGCUAGCGCUGUCGAGUGCUAGUACUUGAGUCCAUCAUGAUUUUAUAAAAUC